AUGUCUAGCAUCACCGUCUCCAAUGCCGCGCAAAUCACCUCUCUUUGUGCUGCCGGUUUCCCCAACGGCAUGGACAACCUUGUGUUCGACUUCCGCACCAACGGCAACACGGUCCCCGGAAAUCUGCCCAAGCUCGCCAGAGUCUUUCACCGAGGGCUGGGCAGCCUGCCCACCAUCAUCCUCCAACACCUCACCCCCUCCACCUCUGCCUCCUCCCCUGCCACCUCCAUCAUCGCCAAGUUCCUGCUCGAUAUCAUGAACUCCUCGACAGUCCGCACCCUUCACAUACGGGCCAUUGUCUACCGCCCUUCCGAGAACAACAAUGUAAUGCGCCGCUUGUGGGUCCGCAAGGCCGAUUGA